GGUUACUUUGAUAGGAAACACUGGUGUGAGUUGUAGGAAGCAAUUUAAUUCACGUAAAACAUUAAAUAUUGAAAAUAAAAUUCUUCCUAAUCAAUAUGCACCACAACAAUAGAUCCCACGUACUGAGAUGAAUUUAUAAUUAUGUGCUGACUAGCGAACCACACUCACCAUUUUCGAUAUAAACAACGCUUGUAGAGAAGUCCAUUUAGUUUAUACAUCGGAAAUCAAAGUGUAGUAUUGAAUGUUUACAUUAAGUUCGCACUCAUUCACUUGAAAAUGUAAACAACACACCACGACCAAUCUGGUGACGACAGAAGAAUACACACACAGUAUACAUUUCGUUUUGUGAAUUGACCUUUUCUUUUAAGCAUACAAACCGUUCUUGUACAGCGUUCGAUUGCACAGCGAUAUGGGGACUUUCGAAAAAUUUCUCUGACUAACAAUUCUCUAAACGGAGUUGUAAGCCAAAACAUUUGUCCAUGUAUUGAGACAAAAGCGCUUAAUCGACAAAAUUUUAUUUUGAAGCGACAGAACAGAUGGAAUUUCAAACAGUCUGCAUCGUCUUGUAUAAACAUAAAAAAUAUGGUAAGAAAUACGAGAGCGAUAACAGAACGUUUAGAUAUUUGAUUAGAUCAGGCAGCAACUAGAGUUUCGUGUCAGAAACUCGGUUGUAGUGGUGUUUGUGUUCCGUGGUUGAAUUAAUUAAAACUCUAAGAUCUAAACAAUCAAAGUGUAAGCUCAGGUGUAAAGUAAACAUUGACUGCAAUAUCGAACAGUGUGAUAAGAAUCAGUGGACAGAACUGUAUAAACAAAGCAAAAAGUGUCUAAACAUUCAGUGCUGUCAGUUACAAUAAAAUGUUUGAAUUGGUGAAAAUGGAAAAGUUUUUCAACUUUGCUACGCAUUGGUAUCCGUGUUUAAAGUUAAAUAUUUGAUGCGAACUAACGCUCCACAUCACAAUUGUUAAUAAUUGAUAAGAUCGUAUAUGAUUGAGGAAAGGUGGCUGAAGACCUUGGUGACUCCGGUACAUGUCAUUACAUUGGAAAGCUGAUUGCUAGAAUCAGGUCAUGCCGGCGCUGCGCUUAUUCGGUAGAAAAUGGUUAGCUGCCUCAGACGACCUUGUUUUUCCGUGUUUAUUCGAAAUAUGUUUUCGAGUAGUAUGGCUUGCACUGAUCGCUUGUGUCACGAACAAUUAUUGGAUAACAACGGAAAAUUGUACAGAGGGCGGCCUAGCUGUUCGGAUAUACAUGAUUGGGACAUUGGCGUUGAUCGGAAUCAAUCUGAUACUGUUGGUUGCACUGGUUAACCGAAGUAGUCAAGGUUCAAUAACUGACACACAUGCCAGGCGGCAUGUAGCUCCGUUACUAGUAUGCAAAUUUCUGCUUAUACCACCGGAACUGGGUUUCAAUAUAUUUGGAACGAUAUGGUCGUUUUGUGAUUUGAUCCAGUGUACGACCGAUCAUAAAUACUCAAAGACUGUUAUUGAAGCUAUCGUUGUUUUCAAUUGGGUGGUGUUUGCGUUGAUCAUCUUCGGUUUAGCAAUUGUAUUUGACCCACUUGGAUCAGCAAAAUACAAAAAAAGUCGCGACAACAAUGAUAACAAUGGACCGACCGAAUCGGCAAUGCAUCGCAAAGUCUCAAAUCUUUGGCUUCGGCGGUUCCGAUGGAUUUUCUGUUGUUUACGUAAAGAUGAAUUUGGCCAUGAAGCAUUCACCCAAGUGGCUAGCUUAUUGAGUGCACUGUUUCGUGGUACGGAUCUUGUACCAUCGGAUAUAAUGGCUGCGUGCAUAUUGCUGAGGGUUCGUCAAAAACGGGAGACCCGUGAAAUGCGACGAAUUAGAAUGUUGAAUGACGACGGACCAAGGUAUUCGAGCGAUGUCCUACGUGUGUUCGCAACAUCACCACCAUGGAUGACAUUGAAGAAUGCACGUCAUUUCAAACGUUUCGCAAUGGCGAGUUAUGGUUGGCCCUUAGUAUGUUAUAUGCAUUGCUGUACCGGUCCAUUUCGACUGAUUAAAAACUCGACAUGUUGUGCAUGCUUCAGGUCGAAAGCACAAGUGGUUGUCGAUGAUAAUUGUUGUUUGUGUCACGUAGCCGGAGUGAAAUAUAUGUCUCGAAUGAGAGACGAGGACGUUUUGCAUGCAUCUUUCAGAAAUCAUGUAUUCGAGCUUCCGUUCUGCGUUCUGGCCGACCAUGCCACAAAAAGUAUCGUAGUAUCGAUUCGUGGAAGCUUAUCCAUGCGUGAUAUAUUCACCGAUUUGACAGCAAACGCUGAACGCUUCGACGCUCCGGGCAUGCCACCAGAUUCUGCAGCACAUCGUGGAAUGAUUGCUGGUGCUGAGCAGCUAAUUAAAAGACUUCAAGAAGGACAUAUAUUGGAGAGAGCAUUCCAUACGUAUCCUGAGUACACAUUAGUUUUGUGCGGACACAGCUUAGGUGCCGGUGUGGCUAUUCUACUUGGGGCUAAAUUUCGUCCAAAAUAUUCCGAUCUUCGUGUUUAUGCUUAUGCCACCCCGGCUGGUCUGAUAAGCCGUGAAGCUGCCCGAUACACCGAAUCGUUCGCAUUCACAGUCGGCGUUGGUGACGAUUUCGUAAUGCGGCUGGGAAUCGAAUCAAUUGAAAACUUGCGUACGAGUGUCAUCGAAACGUUGCGCGCUUGUAAAUUUCCGAAAUGGCGCAUCAUGCUGAAUGGUGUUGGCUACGUGUUCUUUGGAGUGCCGUCGCGAGAUUUAGAGAAAACAUGGAAGGAUGUAACCGAUAUCGAAUCAACGCAUAGAGAGACCGAUGAUCCGUUGUUGGAAGUGCGUCACGUUCAGACUAUUGCUUCUGCGACUGGGGAAGCGACUGUACUGUCGAAAGAAAUUUCGCUGCGCAGAUUUUCAAAGACCAGAUUGUAUACCGGUGGCCGCAUCUUACACAUAAUUCGUAGGAAGAAAACUGAAUUGGAAAAGUUAAAAAUCGAAUACCGGCGGUCCAACCUACGAAAUGAGAUGGGCAACAGCCGAAGACUUUGCCGAACUGAAAGUCAUGCCCAGGAUGUUACUAGACCACUUUCCCGACAACAUAUACAAAACUCUGACCACCGUGUUGGAUCAGCAAAAAGCAACGAGUUCGUCGAUAACAUCGUUGAACAGCAUAUGAGAAAAUGAAUCUGGGAAGCAAAUUUCCCUCUUUUUUUGUUUAGUUAAACCCAAGUGCCUGAAAAUAAACUUACAUUCCUUACAUUCCUUCGAAAGGAAUAAUUUGAUAGUUGUAUCCAUCCCAAUACCAUUUUUCAUCCUUUAAAAUAUAAGCAACCGUUCCGUAUCGAUUAUUUGAUUGAUCUAAGCGAAAUUCUUUAGUUUUAGUGUAAAAAAAUAUAUAAAAACUGGUAGCGGCUACCGGUAAUCGACAAUAUUCACUGUGACGUCUUGUUAUUAACAAAGAGAAAAAUUAACGAUUAACCAAAGAUGACGUUCAGUAAAACGGAAAGAAGAAGGAAAAAUUCGACCUACACGCUCGGUUCUUAUUGAAAUUUUGUGUUCCAAGUCAAUCUUCUCCAAAUUGAAUUUUACUAACAAUCUCCUACUCCGCCAGUAGGACAAAGCAAUUACAAUUUAUUCGUUUGACGGUACAUAAAUGGCCACUUUCGAGCGACUUAUUCUCAUCCAAAAUGAAAAGUUCAGAAUUCAU